CAUUUGUAUAAUGGUUUUUGAGAACACGCGCCCUUUUGGCAUAGAACUUUACAAAUUUAUUGAACUAAAUUUACUAACAUCCUCUGAUUCGUGAAGAAAAAUGUGGCCAAGGUUCGGUAUUAAAAUUGGCAACAGCACCUUAUGUAUUGCACAUGUGAAAGCGGAUGGCAAACCAGAAGUCAUUGCGAACAAACAAGGUGAUCGCAACUCGCAAGCAUGCCUCCUUUGGAGUGGCCAGGAAGAAAUCGAGUGCGGAUUGACGGCCAAACAAAAAAUGGCCACAAGGCCUAAACAAGCAGUUGCAAAUAGUUUUCAGCUGCUAAUGCCGCAGGAGUUAGAUCCAGAUAGACUUUCCACAGCUGUUAGUGAACUUCCAUGUGAAUAUGAUACGCUCAGCCAUACUUUCCAUCUAAAAUGUCAAAUACAGGAUGAGAAGAGCGAUGAACUAAAGGAGGAUGUACGUGAGUUGACCCCUUUUGAAGUACAAGUGGCACUUUUUCGUGCAGAACUGGAAUUAGCGCGUCAAUACCAUAAUGUAGCGGAAAAAGACCCGAUUGUUGUAAUUUCAAUACCAUGCUAUUACCCUCGAACUGCUUGGCCAGAAUUGGCUCGUGCUGCCGAAGAGGCUGGAUUUCAUGUGGCGCAGAUUAUUACGGAACAAACCGCUGCAAUCCUCGCCUACGGUAUAGGCGAACAAGAUGCAUCCGAAGUCAGUUCAAAAUCCAACAUUGGAGACGAAACGCAAUAUGUGCUAACUAUUAAAUGUGGUGGCUUGAAUAGCCAUUUUGCUUUGUAUGCAGUGAGAGAUGGCCUUUACACUCAAUUAGAUGCUUAUGGACCUUUUCCAAUCGGCGGCCAGCAUUUCAGUGAUGCGCUAGUUCAAUUCAUUUGCGAAGAAUUCAAGCGGAAAUAUAAAUUGGAUCCACACGAAAGUCGACGAUCUUUAGCAAAGAUUCGGAAUGCGGCUACAAACUGCAAACACAUAUUGACAACUCUUCCCUCGACACAAAUAUAUAUUGAUUCACUUAUGGACGGUGUUGACUUCAAUGCUCAAAUGUCUCGUGCCCGAUUUGAAAGCCUUAUUCAGCCGGUGAUUAGCAAUUUUAUGCAAACAUUAAAUGAUUGCCUUGAACGUUCGACAGCUAAACACAGCCAAGUAAAGGGUAUCAACUCAAUUGUGUUACUGGGAGCAACGAUGGGAAUACCAAAAUUGCAAUCAGUCAUUGCAGCACGUUUCCCUAACGCGCAAUUGCAUUCAGCAAUUUCCGCUGAUGAGGUAGUUGCUAUAGGUUGUGCACGCCAAGCAACUUUUCUUCAUGCACCACUAGAACAAGACUUGCUUGCAACAGAAGAACGAGUAUAUGUAGAAGAGGACCUGUUGAUUUGGCACGGCAAUGAUGAAACAAAUGCACAAAUACUACUUGGCAAGGGGACUUCGCUGCCGCGAAAAGUACAAAUAGAACUGAAACAAGCUGAAGGAUCAGAGGAUGGCGGCAUCAUCCGAGUACGAGCAGGUGGAGAAGUAAAUGAAGUUCUUUUGGAAGGUACCACAUCCGCAGAUAAUGGCACUUACCGUAUUGAAGCAGACAUCGAUUGCAAACAAGUCGGCGCUGAAGCCUUCAGAAAACCGAGAUUGCGAAUACGGGUACUUUAAAAUAUUUCAACACUUUUUAGAAAUUACACUUAUAAAAACUUGCGUAGUUAAUAUUUCUUUAUCACCGUUAAUGUGUUAUUAUAUUAAAUUAUAACAUUCUAUU